GCUGCCUUCUCCACCUUAAAAAAUUCAAACCCCCUUCAUAUUUUCUCCAUGAAACCAUCAUCACCACCACCAAUAUCAAAGCUCAAAACCCUCUUCCAAACCUUCAUCUUCUCCCACAUGUACCGCGCCGCACGUGCCCUUUCAAAGGCAAAAUCGCUUCUCCUUGAGCACGUGCGGGACAUGCAAUUCCUACACCUUGCGGAUCAGUUCAGGAGGAGUAGGAAUUGCAAGAAAAAGCUAUUUUUCGGCUCGUUUAGGCUCCAUUAUAAUUGGUGCCCGUCACACGUGAUGCCACUAGUUCAAGAAGGCUACCGCAACUCCCAAAUCUACUAUGAUGCUAGUUGUAACGUCGUGGUGCCAACUAGCACCACCAUGACCAAGGCGACGUUGGCCAUCCCUGAUGGGACUACGUCGUCUUUGUACUAUCGAGAGCCAGAAGGGCUCUCGAGGUACUUGGAGUGGCUUGAGGAGGAGAAGGGGAAUCAAGAAUCAGGCUUUAAUGAGAUUGAUAAACUUGCUGAUUUGUUCAUUGCGGAUUGUCAUGAGAAAUUCAGGCUUGAGAAACAAGAAUCUUAUAGAAUAUUUCAGGAGAUGAUGGCUAGAAGUGUAUGA